GCGGGGCCUGCUCUGCGGUUGGCGGACAGAAGAAACGGGCUCCUUCGUCCAAACGUCUUUCGUCUCGUGGUUUCCUAGAAAUGGCAACGACCGCAGAAGAGCUGCGGGAACAGGCGGACGUAGCUGCGCCCUCCACCCACCUCAACAACAAUAACAACAACAAUAACAAUAAUAACAAAGACACAGAGGCGGGGGAGAGCACGACCUCCGCCACCACCUCCGCCGCAGCCUCCGAACCAGGCGGGACGGCGUCGCAGAACGUCGGGAACGGCUCGGUCAUUCAACCCAACGGGGGGAGUAACGGCAAGUGGGUCCGGCUGAACGUCGGGGGGACGGUGUUCCUCACUACGCGGCAGACUCUGCUCAAGGAGCAAACUUCGUUCCUGUAUCGGCUCUGCCAGCAGCAGGACCUGCACUCUGACACGGAUGAGACUGGAGCCUAUGUAAUUGACAGAGACCCAACCUACUUUGGUCCCAUCCUGAACUACCUGCGGCACGGCAAACUGGUUUACAACAAGGAGCUCGCAGAGGAAGGAGUCCUUGAGGAGGCAGAGUUUUACAACAUCACCCCACUGAUCAAACUUAUCAAGGACAGGAUCAUAGAGAGGGACUCAAAAGCCACACAGCAGGUACCACCCAAGCAUGUCUACAGAGUGCUGCAGUGCCAGGAGGAGGAGCUGACCCAGAUGGUCUCCACCAUGUCGGACGGCUGGAAGUUUGAGCAGGUCAGCGUGCGCACCUGCAGAAAGCCCCGCACCGGACUGCUCUGGACUAUGGUGAACAUCGGCUCCUCCUACAGCUACGGGACGGAGGACCAGGCCGAGUUCCUGUGUGUCGUAUCAAAGGAGCUUCACACGCCUGGGUCGGGCCUAGGAACGGAGCAGAGCCACAAAACCAAGCCACCAGAGAAGCCGGAGGAGGAGGCGGCGAAGGAGGAAGAGGAGGAAGAAGAGGGAGGGGGAGAAACCACACCGAAUGAGUGGCUUAGAGAAUGAGGGAGUCAUGUUUCUUUGUUCCAAAGAGAGGCAGGAAUGGCUUUUCCAGAUCCACGGGUCCCGCAUGUAAAACGACGGGAGGCCGUGGGUUUCCAUCAGCGGUCCGUCUGUAAAACUCUGAUUUUAUUUUAAACGGGUGCCUGAAGGCAUCAGCAAACGAUGAGAAAUAAGGUCAGCUGUAGCAAAAUGCUUCGAAAACAUUUUCCGGUUUAAUUGUAUGUAGAUAGCUGAAGGGCAGUAAUGGAUCUUAGUAAAUUAUAUCCAAAGAGUCAAAUCACGGCUGGCUGAAGCAAGGGGCAGAAGCCCUGAGGUGACGGACCAUCAGAGUGUUCACUGCGGAGUGACUGACAGUGGGAAUGGCGGUGCAGCAUCUGGCCCAUGACUUUUCCUUCAGUGGCGUCUGUUCAUGCUGCAUCAUGUACGAUCACAAUAGAACAGAGUACACCUGCUUUUCAUUUCUAUUCGGCUCCUAUUUGCUGUUAAAAUCUGAUAAUAAUAACCUUAAGAUAGCAAGAAGAUAUCAAGAAUAUAAAAUGGACUUUCAGCUGCUGAGUCACAGGCUCCGUUCUUAAUCGCCUCCACAAUUGCUCAUUUGUUCA